AUGCCUGCUGAGUGCUCUUCCAAGUCCACCAAGGGAGCAUGCAAGGAGCGCUUUGAAGGCGUGUUCCCUCCUGCCAAGCCUAGUUGGGCUCGGAGACUUGAUGACAAAGCUGACAAAGCCAAAGCAGAUAAGCCUAAAGUGGACAAACCCCCGGAACCCCGCCCAAUUAUUAUUCAGCCCCCUCAGUUUGAUCCCGAAGAUGAUGAUGUUAUUAUGGAAGAUGAAACCCCGGAGAAGCUGAAGAAGUCUCGUAAGUCAUCAUCAGUUCCUACGAAAAUCCCAGCUAAUAAGGAGGCAGAGCCCGAAAAAUCGGAGAAAGCGCGGAAAUACCUUCCCACCCAAUCCGCUCUUUCGGGUCAGGUUCAGCCUGCGACAGUACUCAAUAAAAUAUUGAGUACUCCUAUUACAAUUUUGGACACAAACAGCGGCGAAGGAGAUCUCCUCGGCUUAGUCCAGCAAGUCCCGCUGCAGUGCGGCGCAGUCACCACUUGGGCGAAUCUCUACGUCGCUGACCACGUUCCCUUCGACCUUCUCCUCGGACGGCCGUGGCAGCGUGACAACCAGGUCACCAUCGACAAGCGACCCGACGGAACUUAUCUCGUUUUCAAGAACCCACACUCCUCCAACGGCGAGCACGAGCUUCUCGCGACUCCGGAGCACCCCCUCGACUUCGAACCUCAUUCGCACAUUGUAGAAUCCAACUCGGCAGACUCUUUUCUCAUUUCGGCACUGGAACCUAGUACUCAUAUUAUCGAUACCCCGAUUCCACCCACGGACACUCUCACGCCCGCUGACUGGAACCCCGAGCCCACGCCGUCGAAUCUUGAUGAACACUAUCACGCAGGAAUCCGUUGCAGCGACGCCUAUCCGUGCUCAUUCGGAUAUUGGCAGGGCAGCCACUACGAGGACUGGUACAUACCCAACGCGACACUUUCGGGCAGAGUAUUUGGACCUCUCGGAAUUUAUUCUAGCCGUGGACACCCCUUCGAGCGCGAAGGGCACUCUUUUGUUCGAUUUUUCCUGCACGACUACACUAACCGUGAUUGGCCGGGCGCGAUGUCAGUCAACGAUGUCGACCUCCCGAAUCUUGAAUAUCCUGUCGCGUGCGAAGAAGACCCCCCCGUCACAGAUAUAGGUCUAAUAGCACCCCCGCCUUGGAGAAUACUCACGGAAGCCACGUUUAUCGACGACCCCGCGCCGCGCAGGAUUGGUCUUGACAGUACCGCGAACCCCUUCCCCUUUGACACGACGUUCAACGUGACGAAAUUGGAGCCUUCAUCGAGCUCGGUUAGGAUUUUCGAAGCAAUUAUUAACUCUCGCGCACCAAAUGCGGCGCGCACUGACAUAUUUCAUUCCCUCCAGGCCCCAAGGACAUGCGAUCCCCGUCGUCUCCUGAAGACGGUCGUACAAGAUGAUUGUAUCAUUACAAUGGCCACGGAUUCCUCUGUCCCCGUCGCUCCUCGACGUUGGGACAGUCUCCCAUCGAAAUUGUGUCAUCACGCUGACUCAGCACCUCGCGAACGCAACAACGGUGCCAGCGCACACGAUGCACAUCGCUCCCCCUCUAUGCCGAUGUUUUUGUGCUCUUCAGAGUACUCUCUUUCUGUUCCUAAUGCUUCUCAGUUUUAUCUUGGGGAAUUUGAACUUAGUGGCACCCUUCUCAAGGAUGCCAACGGCACACUCGGGAUGUCUCGAACUUCCACAGGUAUCCUGGCUCAUUCCUCGACUCCUCUCGACAAUUCGGCACUUACGAUGAACCCCGACGGCCUCCAGGAUGCAAACGGCGACAACGCCGAGCACGCAGAGUACGCGCAACGUCCUGGGCCAGUCUAUUCGCACAACGUGUUCCCCUCUGAACCUGACGCCCUCAGUGUUGCUAUGGAGACCCUGACAGGAGACACCAGCGGACAGGGCAAGCAAGUAGAUACAGGACGCGUGGACACAACCGUGGUCCUGGAUAGUUAUGGGAUUGCGCCGCACGUCGAGCACGCAAUUCUCGCAGACAACGACAACACGGUGGUAGGUGGCCCAUGCAAUUUUACAGACAUCACCACGACGCACGCACAGGAGGAUCUCCAACGCCGCAGCACAGCACGCAAAUACCAGGCCACGGAGAAUGUGAAUGCACACGGCUUUGAGCGCGCAGAGAUCGCGCAGAGUCCGUGGCCCGCGUCUUCGUACGACACGCUCCCUUGCGAGUCGAACGUCCCCACCGAUGCCAUGGAGACUCACGGUCGAGACAACAGCAGACAGGACAAGCAAGAUACAGGCCGUGUUGAUGCAGCCGCGAUUGUCGAAGGUUACGGAAUCCCGCCGCUCGUAAGUGACGAAAGGGGAGACGAUUUACGAGAUCUCGAGGAAGAGGGAAUCGGAAGACGGGGGUCAACAAAUGGGUUCUCCGGAUCGUUGAAGUCAAUAGGUGGUCGGUAUGCGAAAUUGUCAGGAAGUGGACACGUGAACGCUGGGGACCCUGGAGUCGGCGGCUGGGAAGCUGCCAAGGUAAGCUCCUCUUGGAGCGAUCUGGAAGCAAGGCGACUGCUCCGCUGUGUCGCACGAAGACCCCUUGCGGUGGGCUCCAGUUGA